UCAGAAAAACAAAGUAUCCUGUAGCGUAAGCUGUGUUUAACCAGUCCUACCUACCAAAGCCUUGUCUAACUCUUUGGAUCUCGUCUUGGUAAUCUGACAAAUAUAAAAGCUCAGAGAUUUUUGUCUGUCAGAAUCAAUCGAGGGAGAAUUAUCGAGAUUGUAAUCAGUCCAAUCAAAAAUGUUGUUUAUUCCCUAGUUAAUUAUGCAAGCGAAAUAAUGAAGCAAAGAUGCUACACUAAUUCUACUCUCCUAUUAUUAAGAAAGUAAAGUGUUAGAAUGAGGGGAUUCACUAGUAAAAUUAUUGAUUGAGAUUUGGUAUCAAGUAUGAACUUAAUGUACCAGAACAACCACAAAUUAAAAAGGAAAAAGUGCCUUACUUUAGUCAUAUGAGGCACUUGUGGAAAUAUCUUGCAUUUCUGCUUAAGUGGUUUGGCCACUUUCAUCUCUGCUGAUGCUCUGGUUUGUUUUCCUGCUACAACGGCUCAUUCUGAAAAGGUGGCCCUUUGGAUAUCCGGACUUUCUUACAUCUGGAUUACUUCUGGAACUGGGAAUAAACCUCACAGACUGGAACGAGACAAAGUUCUUGAUGGAGAACAAGGUUUGGUCAGUUUCCAAGCUCAGUUCUCAGUAACGUGCUCCUCGGAAAGGAGUCCUCACCAAGAGCUAAUCACCCAAUCAGAGAUGGACUUGAAGUAAGGCAGCAAUUUUCAAUAAAAACUGAUUUCAUAAUUCCUUUUACACACUUUUAGACUGAGACAGCAAAUGUAUUAAGAUACUGUAGAGAUACUGUCUCACAAUUCGCAUUCAAGGUUUAAAUAAAUCAUUAUUUGAAGCUACAACUAUUAACAGAUUGUUUCAAAGAAAACCUUUUGAGCACAAGGUUAGAUGCAUCUCUUAUUUUGAAGAUCACUUGAAGCCUUCUGCAGGAAAUGAAGGAUUAUUUUGGGGACACCCGUGGUCCGGUAGGGACUCUUUGAAGAACCGAGAGAAAAGUUGUUCUUGUGGUUGAAGGGUCAAAUCCGAGAUGUUUAUGCUCUACAAUACACUGCUAGAAAUGUGUGCAGCUCCAACAUAUACUGUCCUAAACAAAAGGUGCGAUGUGGAUGGGGACCCACUGGAACUCUCCCAUUUGUUAACAGAAGCUGUGACAGUGGGGUGUCCUAAGCUGUUUUGGUGUGGGGAUUGAACACAGACGAGUGUGAUAAACAAAGCUUUUAAAAAAAUCAGCAGAUGAUUGAAAGAAGAAGAGAAAAUCCUGGAUGUGAAUGGAGGCAGCUGCAGUUUGGACAGUAGAGGCAACCUGGCCUGACCUGACAGGCAUCCUUCUACAUGCACUCUCACUGACGGCUCACCUUUGCCUCUGCAUUGAUUCUGCUGCCUGAACCAUGCACCCCCAGCGUCCUCUUCCCCAAGCCAUGCCUGCGCCCUCCUUAGGGCAGCACCUGCGGGACAUGACCAUGGGUCUCGGACGGGGCAAGAACUUCCUCGGAGGGAAUUUUUCCUAUGGUUUCAUCCAGUCAGUUAAGGAGUGUCUUUAUUUCCUCCUCUGCUGCUGGUGUAUAAAGGAGAUCCUUGACUGAAGGACCGAAAGAAAGUACAAGCUGUAAACUAAACAUUUGACGUAUUGAACAUUUGCUCUGUAAAAUGCAGUUUUAGUCUGCAUUUCAUUGGAGCGUAUGAAGAACGUUCUUGGAAGAGCUGUGUGUCCAUAGUAUGUCCAUUUUGAGGUUGAGGAAUCAUUCUUCAAUGCUGCUUGACUGGGGUCAACAUUUUAAAGCAUCACUCUGAAGAUCUUGGAUUUUUUUUUUUGGACUGGAAACCUGCUUUUCCUUGAUGUGCCAUUAAAUAAAUUAAA